AUGAAUGGUGGCAAGGUUGAGAUGAAGGUGUUUGUUGUGGUUGGCAAGUUCAAUGGUGGCAUGCUAGAUAAUAGCGAGGCUGUAAUGAUGGUUGCUCCAAUUGGCAAGAAGAGAGAAAGGGGACAACAAGUGGGCUACUAUGGGCUUUGGUUUGUGCCGAGAAUGUGCAGUGUGUCAAUGAAGGUUUAUGGUGUUUAUGGGAGUGGGGAAGAAGAUAGCAACAAGGAGGGAAUUGAUGGUAGUGGAUGGUGA